CUAUAUUUGUAAUUACAAUUUAUUUUAUUUUAAAUUAGCAUUGCUUUUAAUUAACAAAGCAACCAAAAACGAACCCCAGUCGCACAAGCUGACCUAUUGGCCAUGCCGGACGACACGCAGGAUGCCAAAGCACAGAAAUUGGCUGCAGCGCGUAAAAAGCUGAAGGAGUAUCAGCAGCGCUGCAACAACAAUGUUGAGGAGAAUGCUGGCAACAACACCAACACCAACUCAUCCACAGUGAGCAUUGCCAGUAAUCUGUCGGAACGCUCCGACUGUGAGUUGAGCUUAAGCAACGGCGGCGGCGUCAGCGUCGGCGCAACGCAGCAGCAGCCACUGGAACAGGCAGCAACAACAACAGCAAUGACAGGAGUGGCUGCAUACUUUACACAGCCACUGUUGGAACAGGAGCCAAUGCCACAGUCCUUAUGGUCGCACAAUGGACAAGGCGAUACAAAUUUGCAGACUAUACAAGUGUUAAUUGCUGAAAAGGCUCAAUUGAACACCGAGUUGACCAAGAGCCGGCAUGUGUGUCGCGAGCGUGAAUUGGAACUGGAGGAGCUGCGCACAGAGCAUGGCCAGACGGGGCAGCGGUUGGAGCAGCUGCAGCAGCGUUACCAGGAACAGCAACGCAGCACGGAACAGCAGCGCAAUCAAAUUGCAGAGCUGCAGCACAAGUUGAUGCAGUCAACUGCCCAAACCGAGGAUCAGCAGACGCAUCUGGGCGAGCUGGAAGCGCAGCUUAAACAGUUAAAUGCAAGACUGGAUGAACUGCAGCAACAGCAUGCAACCAAAUGCAAUGAACUGGACAUGGCACAGCUGCGUCUACGUCAGCUCUCGGAUGAGUCCAAUGUCAAUGCCGACAAUCGCAUUGAAACGCUCACACAAACGCAGUACAUGUACGAGCAACAAAUACGAGAUCUGCAGCAGAUGGUGAGCCAGCUGACGCAGGACAAGGAGCAGGCGGCUAUUCAGUAUCAAAACUACGUGGCCAAUUUAAACGAACGUAAUUCCGAACUGGGAGAGGAGUGCAAUCAGCUCAGGGAGCGUGAGCGUCAACUGGUGGAGCAUGUGAGCGGCCUGGAACGGGAAAUCCAAAAGAACCUGACACUGCAGACGCAAUACAAGGAGGCAGCGAGCCAGCAGGCUCAGCAGACACAGGAACCGCCCGAGCCUGUGCCAAGUGCGGAGUUGGCAGCGCUGCAGGAACGCAUCAGCGAUUUCGAAUUUGAGCGUCAUGAAUUCCAGUUGAAGAUCAAAUCGCAGCAUGAUCAACUCCAGUUAAAGGAUGACGCACUCACUGAACUGCAGCAGGAACUGAAUCGUUUGCAAACGGAGCAGCCCGAUCAGGUCAAGUUGAUGGCCACCAUGGAAUCCGAUAAAGUGGCCGCAUCGCGAGCUCUUAGCCAAAAUGUUGAAAUGAAACAACAACUGGAUGAACUGGAGCAGCGAUUUGUCCAGCUGACCAAUGACAAAGUCGAUCUGGUUAAUAAACUAGAUGCCGAGGAGUUUGCCAAUCGGGAGAUGCGUCUCAACUAUGCCAGCAUGGAGCAAAAGUUACAGGCCAACGAGGAGCGCUUCAAAUUCAAGGACGAGGAGAUGAUACGACUCUCGCACGAAAAUGUCGAGCUGCAGCGUGCCCAGCUUAUGCUGCAGCAGCAACUGGACCGACUGCAGCACUAUGAAGCCAAGGCUUAUCACAGCCAGGAGCUUAAGGAGCAGCCUUCUUCAGCUGAGGAGGAAGUUGCAGAAGGCGCUGUGGAGGCCCAGGAGCAUGAUCACUUGCAUGAGCAUGAUCAUCAGCAUCAUCCUCAACAUCAUCCCCAGCAUGAGCAUGAAGAGCAUUCCCAAGAUGAGCACUUGUCCAGCUGCAAGACGCCAUCGCUGCCCACCGCUGAGGCAGUGGAAAAGUUGCAGUCCCGCUUCACGACACUUAUCAGCAAAGUGGCGGAUCUUACCGAGGAGAAGCACAACCUGGAGCAUCUGGUGUUGCAGCUACAGAGUGAAACGGAAACCAUUGGCGAAUACAUUGCCCUCUAUCAGACACAGAGGCGUAUGCUAAAACAGCGCGAAUACGAGAAGGCAGCACAGAUGCGUUUGCUUAAAGCAGAGCGGGAACAGCUGCGGGAAAAGAUUGAGGCACUCAACAAGCUGGUGGGUAGCCUGGGCUUGGCCGUGGAGCUUCCUGCAGAGACACCACAGUCGGCGACAGAAGGCAACGUCCCCACGGAGCAACAACAUUUGAUCCAACGAAACGAUAACGAGAAGGAUAACGAAAACUCGCAACAAAUACUGCACAAGAUACAGGACAUAAUAACAGAAAUUAAAGAGAAUACGGAGCAGACGCCAGCUUCGUUGUCCAACACUGGCCACACUGGACACGCCGUGGAUCAUUUGAACUGCUGCCUGGGCAAGUUUGAGGUUGUCUAGCCCAAAGAAAAUCCUAGUGUAGUAAACUCAUUGUAAUCAAAGUGCAAUUAUCUGUUAGCCUUGCGCUUUUCUGUAAAAAAAAAAGAAAAAAAUAUAUAUAAUACGCGUUUUUGCUUUGGCCCGUCUCUGUAGUUUCUAUACGACUUUUUGUAUACUAUGUUUCAUGAAUAUUCUUACUCCGUACAAUACAUAAAUAAAAUAUUUAAAACUA